AUGCGGUUACUCAGUCUUAAACAGAUCAUACCCAUCUAUCUAUCUAUCUAUCUAUCUAUCUAUCUAUCUAUCUAUCUAUCUAUCUAUCUAUACGUGUUCAUAUCUAUCUAUCUAUCUAUCUAUCUAUCUAUCUAUCUAUCUAUCUAUCUAUCUAUACGUAUUCAUACGUAUCCAUAUCUAUCUAUCAAUCUAUCUAUCUAUUUACGUGUCCUAUCUAUCUAUCUAUUCAUAUUUCGUAUCUAUCUAUCUAUCUAUCUAUCUAUGUUUAUAUGUAUCUAUUUUAUGUGUUCAUUAUCUAUCUAUCUAUCUAUCUAUCUAUUUAUAUAUAGGUGUUCAUAUCUAUCUAUCUAUCUAUCUAUCUAUCUAUCUAUCUAUGUUUACGUGUUCAUAUCUCUAUCUAUCUAUCUAUCUAUCUAUCUAUCUAUCUAUCUAUCCGUGUUCAUAUCUAUCUUUCUGUCUAUCUAUGUUUACGUGUUCAUAUAUCUAUCUAUCUAUCUAUCUAUCUAUCUAUCUAUCUAUCUAUCUAUCUAUCGAUCUUUGUUCAUAUUUAUGUUUCGUGUUCAUCUAUUUAUGUUUACGUAUUCAUCUAUCUAUCUAUCUAUCUAUCUAUCUAUGUUUACGUGUUCAUAUCUAUCAAUAGUGCGCAGCACUGCUACCUUCCCUUUGUUCAUAUCUAUCUAUCUAUCUAUCUAUCUAUCUAUCUAUCUAUCUAUCUUUAGUAUGUGGGCUGUUAACAUAAGUAUGUGUUGGGCUGACUGCUGGGCUACGCAACCAACCCAUCCCACCAAACCAGAACCUUCUCCUACGUUCUCUUUGAGAGCACACCCCCCUACCGUCCUCAUCCCCCCACAAUGUUUCCCUCUUAACCUUCGUUCUUUCUCGUUAUGCUACACUGUGUCCCAAGUUUUUCUCUUUACUUUUCCCUCCAUCCAUAUUUUCCGUCAUCUGCUUAGAUAUUUUCCACCAGAAAAGAUGAGAGAAAACGCUUUAAGUCUUUUAGCUUAUCGUUCUUUUUCUUUGUCUUUGUUUUUCCAUAUUACUUUUUCCCGUUUAUUUGCUUCUUUAUUUCUUUUUAUUUUUUCGUUCUUUCGUGAUGGUCUAUUCGCUUCAUUCUUUCUUUCUUUCUUUCUUUCUUUUUUCGAUAUUUAUCUUUCUUUCUUGAUGGUUUAUUUUCGUUCUUUUUUGAUCGUCUAUUUAGUUCCUUCUUUAUUUCUUUCUUUCGAGUUUUUUUCCUUCUUUUUUCUUUCUUUCUUUCGGUUUUUUCAUUCUAUUUAUGAUCUGUUUACUUCUUUCUUUCUUAUUUUUGAGUUUUAUCAUUCUUUUUUGAUGGUCUAUUUACUUCUUUCUUUCUUUCUUUCUUUCAUUCGACUAUUUUCGUUCUUUUUUGAGGUCUAUUUACUUCUUUCUUUCCUUCUUUCUUUCUUUCUUUCGAGUUUUUUUAGUUCUUUUGUGAUGGCCAAUUUACUAAUUUCUUUCUUUCAUUCGAUUAUUUUCGUCUAUUUACAUCAUUCUUUCUUUCGAGUUUUUUCAUUCUUUUUUGACGGUCUACUUACUUUUUCUUUCUUUCUUUCUUUCGAGAUUUUUCUUUUUCUUUUUCUGAUGGUCUGUCUAUUUAUAUCUUUCUUUCUUUCUUUCGAGGUUUUUCGUUCUUUUUUGACGGUCUACAUACAUUUUCUUUCUUUCUUUCGAAUUUUUCGUUCUUUUUUGAUGGUCUAUUUACUUCUUUCUUUCUUUCUUUCAUUCGACUAUUUUCGUUCUUUUUUGAGGUCUAUUUACUUCUUUCUUUCUUUCGAGUUUUUUCGUUCAUUUUUUGAUGGUCUGUUUACUUCUUUCUUUCUUUCUUUCUUUCUUUCUUUCUUUCUUUCAAGUUUUUCGUUCUUUUUAUGGCCUGUUUACUUUUUUCUUUCUCUCUUCCAUGUGAGAUUUUCGUUAUUUUUUGAUGUCUACUUGCUUUUUCUUUCUUUCUUUCCAGUUUUACGUUCUUUUUUUGAUGGUUUGUUUACUUUUUUCUUUCUUUCUUUCGAGCUUUUCGUUCUUUUUAUGGCCUGUUUACUUCUUUCUUUCUUUCAUUUGAGAUUUUCGUUCUUUUUUGAUGGUUUAUUUACUUCUUUAUUUCUUUCAUUCGACUAUGUUCGUUCUUUUUUGAGGUCUAUUUACUUCUUUCUUUCUUUCAUUCGAGUUUUUUCGUUCUUUUUUGAUGGUCUUUUUAAUUCUUUCUUUCUUUCGUAUUUUCGUUCUUUUUUGAUGGUCUAUUUGCUUCUUUCUUUCUUUCAAGUUUUUUCGUUCUUUUUUGACGGUCUACUUGCUUUUUCUUUCUUUCUUUCGCGUUUUUUCGUUCUUUUUUUGAUGGGCUAUUUUCGUUCUUUUUUAUGUUCUAUUUACUUCUUUCUGUCAUUCGACUAUUUUCGUUCAUUUUUUAGUUGCUUUUUUUUUCUUUCAUCCGACUAUUUUCGUUCUUUUUUUUGGUCUAUUUACUUCUUUCUUUCUUUCUUUCGAGUUUUUCGUUCUUUUUUGACGGUCUACUUGCUUUUUUGCUUUCUUUCGAGUUUUUUCGUUCUUUUUUUGAUGGUCUAUUUACUUCUUUCUUUCUUUCGAGUUUUUCGUUCUUUUCAUGGCCUAUUUACGCAUUUCUUUCUUUCAUUUGAGAUUUUCGUUCUUUUUUUGAUGGCCUAUUUACUUUUCUUUCUUUCAUUCGACUAUUUUCGUUCUUUUUUGAGGUCUAUUUACUUCUUUCUUUCUUACGUGUUUUUUCUUUUUUUUUCACGGUCUACUUGCUUUUUCUUUGUAUCUUUCGAGUUUUUCGUUCCUUUUAUGGCCUGUUUCCUUCUUUCUUUCUUUCAUUUGAGAUUUUCGUUCUUUUUUGAUGGUCUAUUUGCUUCUUUCUUUCUUUCGAGUUUUUUCUUUUUUCGUUCUUUUUUUGAUCGUCUGUUUACUUCUUUUUUCUUUCUUUCUUUCGAGUUUUUCAUUCUUUUUAUGGUCCCUUUACUUCUUUCUUUCUUCUAUUUGAGAUUUUCGUUCUUAUUUGGCGGUCUAUUUACUUCUUUCUUUCUUUCAUUCGAGUUCUUUCCUUCAUUUAUUAGGACUAUUUACUCCUUUCUUUCUUUCUUUCUUUCAAGUUUUCGUUCUUUUUAUGGCCUGUUUACUUCAUUCUUUCAUUUGAGAUUUUCGCUCUUUUUUGAUGGUCUUUUUAAUUCUUUCUUUCUUUCUGUUUUUUUUUUGUUGUUGUUUUUUGUCGGUGUACUUGCUUUUUCUUUCUUUCUUUCGAGUUUUUUCGUUCCUUUUUUUAAUGGCCAGUUUACUUCUCUCUUUCUUUCAUUUGAUAUUUUCGUUCUCUUUGAUGGUCUAUUUACAUCUUUCUUUCUUUCGAGUUUUUUCGUUCUUUUUUUGACGGUCUACUUGCUUUUUCUUUCUUUCUUUCCAGUUUUUCGUUCUUUUUUUGAUGGUCUGUUUACUUUUUUCUUUCUUUCUUUCGAGUUUUUCGUUCUUUUUAUGGCCUGUUUACAUCUUUCUUUCUUUCAUUUGAGAUUUUCGUUCUUUUUUAUUAUCUAUUUGCUUCUUUCUUUCGAGUUUUUUCGUUCUUUUUUGACGGUCUACUUGCUUUUUCUUUCUUUCUUUCGAGUUUUUCAUUCUUUUUAUGGUCCGUUUACUUCUUUCUUUCUUUCAUUUGAGAUUUUCUUUUUUCGUUCUUUUUAUGGUCUGUUUACUUCUUUCUUUCUUUCUUUCGAGUUUUUUUUUGUUGAUGGUCUUCCAUUCACUUCUAUCUUCCCUUUUUUUUUUUCUUUCUUUCUUUCUAUAUUUUCGUUUUUUCUUGAUGUUUAUUCGUUUCUUUAG